UAGAUGUAAGUGAUUUGGAGGGCCGAGGUUUUAUCAGUCAGGUCCCAUCGCCUGUCCCAGCAUCACUCAACGAUUCCUCUAUCCUCACUACACUUACAGAUUCCUCCCUUAACACAUCUUCGUCUUCAGUUUCACUACUUGACUCGUUUAUUUGCUGUUUUUACGUCUCUCUCGUUUCUUCCGUCUUCGCCUAAGUACUGUUGCGUUCCUUCUAAUUCUUACCUUUAACCUUCCCCGCCUUCGUCGCCUCGUCCUCGCCUCACGGCCACUUAACGAACUUUCGCUCAGUUUCACCCGGAAGGGUUGUGUUGUGUCGCCGCGUGAUCGGGAGGCUCGUCAAUCUGGGCAAGUGCGCUAAACAGGCAACAUGAUUUUCCUCCUCCGCGCCCGCUCCGUGUUCUGCGUCAGGGUGGGCGGCGUGAUCACCGAGGCAGCUCGUGUGGCCGCAGAGGCAGCCAAGAGGGACCUUAAGAUCCAGAGUCGCGCCUUCUCCGUCACCUAUGGCAAGAUCACGGACCUCAAGCCCAAGGUGCGCUCGUUCGUGGAGGACAGCGCCCGCCUGUGCCAGCCGGAGAAGGUGCACAUCUGUGACGGCAGCGAGCGGGAGCUGCGCCACCUGCUGAACGUGAUGCAGCAGGCGGGCAUGAUCGAGCCGCUGCCCAAGUACAAGAACUGCUGGCUGGCGCGCACCGACCCCGGCGACGUGGCGCGCGUGGAGAGCAAGACGUUCAUCGUGACGCGCGACCGCCGCGAGACCAUCCCCACCCCGAAGGAGGGCGUGCGCGGCCUGCUGGGCAACUGGAUGUCCCCCGAGGACCUGAAGGGAGCCGUGCAGGAGCGCUUCCCCGGCUGCAUGGCCGGCCGCACCAUGUACGUGGUGCCGUACUCCAUGGGCCCCGUGGGCUCCCCUCUGUCCAAGAUCGGCGUGCAGGUGACCGACUCGCCCUACGUGGUGGCGUCCAUGCGCACCAUGACGCGCAUGGGCGGCCGCGUGAUGGAGGUGCUCAACGAGGAGGACUUCGUGCGCUGCCUGCACUCCGUGGGCUGUCCGCUGCCCGUGACGCGACCGCUGGUCAACAACUGGCCCUGCGACCCCGCGCGCACCAUCGUGACGCACGUGCCCGAGAACAACGAGAUCAUCUCCUUCGGGUCCGGCUACGGCGGCAACUCCCUGCUGGGCAAGAAGUGCUUCGCACUGCGCCUGGGCUCCGCGCUGGCGCGCCGCGAGGGCUGGCUGGCGGAACACAUGCUCAUCCUGGGCAUCACCAACCCCGAGGGCGAGAAGCGCUACAUCGCCGCCGCCUUCCCCUCCGCCUGCGGCAAGACCAACCUGGCCAUGAUGACGCCCUCGCUGCCGGGCUACAAGGUCGAGUGCGUAGGCGACGACAUCGCCUGGAUGAAGUUCGACUCUGAGGGCGUGCUGCGCGCCAUCAACCCCGAGAACGGCUUCUUCGGCGUGGCGCCGGGCACCUCCAUGCAAACCAACCCCGUGGCCAUGCAGACAGUGCUGUCCAACACCAUCUUCACCAACGUGGCCAAGACUAGCGACGGUGGCGUGUUCUGGGAGGGCCUGGAGAAGGAGACUCCCAACGACGUGUCUAUCACAUCCUGGAAGGGCGAGGCCAACUGGAGCCCCGAGCUGGGCACUCCCGCCGCCCACCCCAACUCCCGCUUCUGCACGCCCGCCAGCCAGUGCCCCAUCAUCGACCCCGCCUGGGAGGACCCCGAGGGCGUACCCAUCUCCGCCAUCCUGUUCGGCGGCCGCAGGCCGCAGGGCGUGCCUCUCAUCUACGAGGCCAACGACUGGAAGCACGGCGUGCUGGUGGGCGCCGGCAUGCGCUCCGAGGCCACGGCCGCCGCCGAGCACCGCGGCAAGGUCAUCAUGAACGACCCCUUCGCCAUGCGCCCCUUCUUCGGCUACAACUUCGGCCACUACCUGCAGCACUGGCUCAGCAUGGAGGGCCGCACCAGCCGCGCCAUGCCCAAGAUCUUCCACGUGAACUGGUUCCGCAAGAACGAGAAGGGCCGCUUCAUCUGGCCCGGCUUCGGCGAGAACGUGCGCGUGCUGGACUGGAUCCUGCAGCGCGUGGAGGGCCGCGACGUGGCCGAGGAGAGCGCCAUCGGCCUGCUGCCCAAGCCCGGCUCCCUCAACCUGGCCGGCCUCGAGGACCACAACAUCGACAUGGACGAACUCUUCAGGCUGCCUAAGGACUUCUGGACGCAGGAGGUGCGCGAUAUCGCCACCUACUUCGACCAGCAGGUGGGCGACGACCUGCCCAACGAGGUGCGCGAGCAGCUCAAGAUGCUCGAGAAGAGAGUCGAGAAGAUGUAAACGUUUCCUGUGAACCGGCGAAUCAAUGACGACACUUACCGCCCGUCCCUCCAUAUCCUUCAUGAGAGGCCCUGGCCGGGCGGCGCCCCCCUGCAAGGAGGGGCGCGUGCCAAGGCCUCAUCUUCACGGUCUCAUUCAUCAAUGCAAGCUUUCCGCCUCAGCUGGGCUGGGCGUUACCUGCGCGGGUUUUACUGCGUCUCCUGAUUUGCAUAUGUGAUAGUAAGCUCCCUUGAGGGAACCUAAAUAAUAAAUAUUUUUUAUACAUGUCAA